CUGCGUUUCACUCGGGCUUUGUAGCCGUCUAUUUUUGCACCUCUUUACGUUUUGCUUCUAGGCGAUUUGGAGGUGAAGGUACAUUCCCACCCUUUUCAAUCCUUCCCUGCUUUGACAGCCCCCCUUUUCUUUGCAGUCGGGGGGCCUGGGAUCUGUGCUUCCUCCGCCGCACUGCCAGCACCCCGCAGCGCGUGGCUGUACACCUCGGAAUUUGCAGCACCUGCAUAUCUGAGGGGGUUCUCCACGGCCCCACGGUCUUCGCUUUGCGCGCGGUCUGGUGUGUCCGGGGCUUCAGCGCGUGGCGCCCCCGCUUCUCCGCAGCCCCCCGCCACGAGCCGGGACUCGCCCCGCGCUGCCAAGAUGGUCAUCCGGAAAGAGAAGAAGAGCUGCGGGCAGGUGGUUGAGGAGUGGAAGGAGUUCGUGUGGAACCCGAGGACGCACCAGUUUAUGGGCCGCACCGGGGCCAGCUGGGCCUUUAUCCUCCUCUUCUACCUCGUCUUCUAUGGCUUCCUCACAGCCAUGUUCACUCUCACCAUGUGGGUGAUGCUACAGACUGUUUCUGACCAUACCCCCAAGUACCAGGACCGACUGGCCACACCAGGCUUGAUGAUUCGUCCCAAGACUGAGAACCUUGAUGUCAUUGUCAACGUCAGUGACACUGAAAGCUGGGACCAGCAUGUUCAGAAGCUCAACAAAUUCUUGGAGCCUUACAAUGACUCCAUCCAAGCCCAAAAGAAUGAUGUCUGCCGCCCUGGACGCUAUUAUGAACAACCUGAUAAUGGAGUUCUCAACUACCCAAAACGUGCUUGCCAAUUCAACCGGACCCAGCUGGGUGAAUGUUCCGGCAUAGGAGACCUAACUCACUAUGGCUACAGCACUGGGCAGCCUUGUGUCUUCAUCAAGAUGAACCGGGUCAUCAACUUCUACGCCGGAGCAAAUCAGAGCAUGAAUGUCACCUGUGCAGGGAAACGAGAUGAAGAUGCUGAGAACCUCGGCAGCUUUAUCAUGUUCCCAGCCAAUGGCAACAUUGACCUCAUGUACUUCCCAUACUAUGGCAAAAAGUUCCAUGUGAACUACACACAGCCCUUGGUUGCUGUGAAGUUCCUGAACGUGACCCCCAAUGUGGAGGUGAACGUGGAAUGCCGCAUCAAUGCUGCCAACAUCGCCACGGAUGAUGAGCGAGAUAAGUUCGCUGGCCGCGUGGCCUUCAAACUCCGCAUCAACAAAACCUGAAGCCCCUUCUUUCCGCCCCUACCUCUCUCCCGUGGAUGCUUCUGGAAUGUCCCUGACCCUGCCUGAUCCCUCCCUCACCCACCCUAAAGGUAUUUUUUAUAACAGAGCUAUGAUUUGUCUGAGCCUCACCCCUUCUCUUUACUUCCCAGUCCACUGUGAUUCCCUGACUAGACACAUUUUCCAUCUUCUUCUCCCAAGUCUAGCUCCAUCAAGAUGGCCACAGAGGUGUUAGGAGGUCUUCUAAUUCUGGGUUAGCUGUGAAAGGGAUGUCCUCACAGCUAUCCACCUCUCCUGACCUCCUGUCCCCAGACAG